UCUAAUAUAAACUAGACUUUUAAUGUUUUUCAUAUGAAAUUGCAGAAAAGUUUGCUAUUUAAAUCCUGUGGCGCAUUCUAGGAUUAUAUUCGUAAUGUAAUUCAUGUCAGGUGAGGUUAGGUUAAGUUAGGUUAAGCUAACCUACGACGCUACACAUCCGGCAUCGUCUGAUCGUCUCUAACAUCGCUCCUUUUGCAAUGGAAAUGUAAGCGAGAGGCUUGCUUUAUUAUACAAUUUAUUAUUUCCUCGUUGGCCGAAUUGAUCCCGUAGGAGAUUAGGAGCCAUUUUAAUUAAGAGGAUUAUCCCUCGCGAACGAUAGAAGAACGCUAUAACAACGCCUGAAACCAGUGACAAGAGACUCGAAAAAAAUGGGCGAUAUAAAAUCCUUCUUUCACCAAUGGUGUGCGAAAAACGGAAAAGAACCGCAGUUUGAUGUUAGACCAACAGGGCCGAAGCACAGGCAACGUUUCCUCUGCGAACUGCGAGUACCCGGCUUCGACUAUGUCGGCGCAGGAAAUUCGACUAACAAGAAGGACGCGCAGGGAAACGCCGCGAAAGAUUAUGUCAAUUACUUAGUGCGUAUGAAUCAUGUAAAUCCAAACGACGUGCCAAAGGACAUUGUGACGCUGCCGGCAAUAGCAGCAGAUGGCACGAAAUCCGAACCCUCAACGCCAAAGCCGGUGUUCCAAGGAGGCAUGGGGCCGAACGACAUUGGCCAGGCGUAUAGGCCGUAUAACGAACGCGGUCAGAGUAAUUACACAUACAUGGAUAGGCUGGCUGAUCAAAAGAGAGUGGAGGACGCGGAGGACGUCGACGUGAAUUCUGGGAUACAUGGAAACUGGACGAUAGAAAACGCCAAAUCCAAGCUUCAUCAGUUUAUGCAAACUAACAAAAUUAAUGCCGAUUACAAAUAUACUCCGGUCGGUCCGGAUCAUACGAGGAGUUUUAUGGCAGAGAUGACGCUUUAUAUCAAGCAACUUGGACGAAGUGUAACUGGUCGCGAAACUGGAUCGAACAAACAAACAGCUUCGAAAAGCUGUGCCUUGUCCCUUGUUCGCCAACUGUAUCAUCUAGGUGUUAUUGAAGCAUUUAGUGGCACAUUAAAAAAAAAUAAGGAUGUUGAACAGAUGAAACCUUAUCCUGUGAAGAUUUCACCAGAGCUAGAAAAUCAGAUUCACGACGUCCUAAUGGAUUUGAAUAUAAAACCAAUAGAUAUUAAACAGCCACCUGUAAAAGGAGAAAAUAGUGCACCUGCGGUAAAAGAGGAAAAUAAUACAUCAGCUACUGGCGUAUCUUUGUUGACGAAUCAAAUUUUGGAUGACUUCAUGUCUUCUGUACCACAACCUGCUGGCGUUGUAAGCUGGUCGCCACCUCAGCCAAAUUGGAAUCCGUGGACUGGAUGCAAUAUAGAUGAAGGGCCGCUGGCGACAACGUCUCUGGAUCAGUUGUCGGAAGAUUUGAUGAACGAGCAGCGCGAGAAGCUGCAACAGGAUUCCAAUUUACAGGCGAGCAUCAAGGAAAGAUCGAAUCUGCCGGUUUUCAGCAAAAGAACUGAAAUAAUGAACGCGAUUAAUGAUAAUUCGGUCAUUAUCAUACGCGGAAAUACGGGAUGCGGUAAGACCACGCAGGUUUGCCAGUUUAUUCUGGACGAUUAUAUCGCAUCUGGCCAGGGUGCAUAUUGCAGCAUAGUCGUCACUCAACCCAGAAGAAUUUCGGCUGUGUCCGUGGCUGACCGAGUCGCCAUCGAGAGAUGCGAGCCUCUAGGGCAGUCGGUUGGAUAUUCCGUGCGAUUUGAGUCCUACUUGCCGAGGCCCUAUUCCAGCAUAAUGUUUUGCACUGUGGGUGUACUCUUGAGAAAGCUGGAGGGUGGCCUUAGGGGCGUGUCGCACGUUAUUGUCGACGAGAUCCACGAGCGCGAUGUCAAUUCGGACUUUAUUAUGGUGGUCCUUAGAGACAUGAUCCAUCUCUAUCCCGAUCUCAGAAUCAUUCUCAUGUCGGCUACGAUUGACACGACGCUGUUUAGCGAGUAUUUUAACAAUUGUCCUGUGGUGGAGGUUCCCGGCAGAGCGUAUCCCGUCCAGCAAUAUUUCUUGGAGGACUGUAUACAGUUGACGGGUUUUGUUCCCCCUGCUGGUUCCGGGAAACGUAAAUCUAAGGAUUCGGACGAUGUGCCAUUGGGGGACGGAGAGCCGGAGGAAAAUCUGAAUAAGGUCAUCGGCAACAAUUAUUCUAUUGAAACGAAGAACGCUAUGGGACAGCUGACAGAGAAAGAGAUAAGCUUUGAGUUAAUAGAAGCGCUACUUAUGUACAUAAAAAAACAGGAGGUCCCGGGUGCCGUGCUGAUCUUCCUCCCUGGCUGGAAUUUGAUAUUCGCGUUGAUGAAACAUCUUCAGCAACAUCCUGUCUUUGGCAGUUCGUCUUAUCUCAUUAUCCCGCUACACUCGCAAUUACCGCGAGAAGAUCAGCGUAAAGUCUUUGAUCCCGUACCGCCAUUCGUAACAAAGAUUAUCUUAUCUACGAAUAUCGCGGAAACCUCGAUCACGAUCAACGACGUCGUCUACGUUGUAGAUUCUUGCAAGGCCAAAAUGAAGCUAUUUACUUCGCAUAACAAUAUGACUAAUUACGCGACUGUUUGGGCCAGUAAAACGAAUCUGGAACAACGCAAGGGUAGAGCGGGUCGCGUUAGACCGGGCUUCUGCUUUCAUCUGUGCUCGAAAGCCCGAUUCAAUAAGAUGGACGAGCACAUGACCCCGGAAAUGUUCAGGACGCCUCUGCACGAGCUGGCGUUGAGCAUCAAGCUGUUAAGACUCGGCAAUAUCGGUCAAUUCUUGUCGAAGGCGAUCGAGCCACCUCCCAUCGACGCCGUGAUCGAGGCAGAAGUCGUCUUAAGAGAAAUGAAGUGCUUGGACAAGAACGACGAGUUAACGCCUCUUGGCAGGAUCCUGGCGCGUUUACCUAUAGAACCGAGACUGGGAAAAAUGAUGAUUCUGGGAUGUAUGUUCCGCGUAGGCGACGCGCUCUCGACAAUGGCCGCGAACAGCACCACUUUCCCCGAGGUGUACAACAUGGGCCCGGAUAUGAGAAGGCUGACUACUCAGCAAAAGUGGUUUGCCGGCGCGAGGUACAGCGAUCACGUCGCGAUGUUCCACGCUUUUCAAGCGUGGGAAGACGCGAGAUCCGGCGGCGAAUGGGCGGAACAGGCGUUCUGCGAAUCGAAAAGCCUGAGUCUGCCAACUUUACGGAUAACUUCGGAAGCUAAGAAUCAACUGCAAGCGCUGCUGCAAAGCGCUGGUUUUCCUGAGGAGACUCUGUGCCCGACUCCGUUAAAUUAUCAGGCGGUCGCGGACCCGCGUCUUGACAUCAUCACCGCGCUGCUGUGCAUGGGCCUGUAUCCCAACGUGUGCUACCACAAGGAGAAGCGGAAGGUUCUCACCACGGAAUCGAAGGCCGCGUUGAUUCACAAGACGUCGGUAAACUGCAGCAACUUCGAGCAGAACUUUCCGUUCCCGUUCUUCGUGUUCGGUGAAAAGAUCCGCACGAGAGCCGUGUCCUGCAAGCAAAUGACGAUGGUGUCGCCUAUACAUCUGUUGCUGUUCGGGUCGCGUAAGGUGGAGUACGUGGACGGCGUGAUUAGAUUGGACAACUGGAUCAACUUGGACAUGAAUCCACAACACGCGGCGGCCAUAGUCGCUCUGCGACCCGCUCUGGAGAGUCUCGUAAUUCGGGCAUCCAAGGAACCAGAAACGGUCCUAGAGUUAAACCCAAGCGAAGAAAAGACGUUAAGCGUGAUCAAGGCGUUAUGCAGUAUGAACGCUUGUCGCCACGAGCUGGAGCACGUAGCUAGCGAUGGAUUCCAACCUCGAGCGAGGGGACCCGGCUUUCGCUCGAACUACAACGUACCUCCGAAACUGAUGCGCGGAAGCGGCGGUUACCGCGGCCCUAUUUCGAAUAGCGAGUCCUAUGGAGGAGGCGGCGGUGGCAGCGGUGGCGGUUUCAGCGGUAAUCGCGGCGGUGGAUACAGAGGAGGCUACGGCAACAGGGGACGCGGCACGGGCAGUCCGCGCGGUGGAAACUGGAACGGCGGUGGUGGAUUUCGCGGACGUUAUUUUAAUAAUUAAGUUACUAAUUAAUAUGUUAUUUAACAUCCGCUGUAAUUACCGUAUCGCUGUCACACUUUAGAUUGUAUGGACCGCUUAUGUUCAUUUCUACCAAUGCGGAUUAACUUUAAUCUCGGUUUAAUUUACUUUUUAUUUUUUUAUCAUUCUUAAAACUAGAAAAGGAUAAAAAGUAAGCCGAGAUUCAAGUUAAUUGGCAUGGCAUUGGUAGGAGUGGACAUUAGACAUAUAUACAAGUUUGCAUUGGAUAAACCUAUUGACAUUGUACCAUUAUAUAAUAGUGCGAGGGUCGUUCAAUAAGUCCUUAGAAAAUCCUAAAAGGAGAUUAUGUUGAAAAUUAAAAAAAGAUCUACCCAAAAUAACUUGUUUUUCUAUCUUUUUCUAAGGACUUAUUGAACGACCCUCGUAUACACCUACAAUACGAUAGGCUGCAUUCGGAAACUUCGUACGACUCAGGUACGUGCGUCGUGCACACCAGCGUCGUUUUGUCCUUAUUAAAUUUUUAAUAACAAAGAACGAUGCUGGUGUGCACCCGAGCGAAGUUUCCGAACGCAGCUAAUGUAAUAUCGAGCAUAUAAUGUAUGGACAAGUAAUUCACAUGUCUACACAUGUAAAGGAAAUUUUGUUUCUUCUUUCUUUUGACACUCGUACACAUAAUAUGAGAAUACUUUUCUUUAUCUCUUAUUUGUUAGUAUUAGGAAAUUUUCUAAGUUAUCAUUGUAUACAAUAUAAUCGUAAAUAAAUUGUAACGCGUUCAUCGCAA